CUACAAAAGGGGAGCCGGUCAGGCAGAUGCGCAUGCAUCCUGGCUCCUACUGCCACAAAUCCCAGCUGCCCCUGCGGUGACGGAGAAAGCGGCUAACAUGGCGGGCAGACUGGGCCGGUUCCUGAAGGAGGCCUGGGCCAAGGAGCCGGUGCUGACCGUGUCCUUCGCCAUCGGCACCUUGGCUCUGCUCGUACCUCCUUUUAGCCCCUAUACCAAGUACGCAGGCAUGGUCAACCGAGCUACCCCUUACAACUACCCCGUUCCUGUUCGAGAUGACGGCAACAUGCCUGACAUCCCCAGCCAUCCUCAGGAUCCCCAGGGUCCUUCCCUCCAGUGGCUGAAGAAUCUGUGAAUCCUCCAUCUGCUCCCCCCAAAUAAACGUCCUUGUCUUAUC